AUGAUGUCUUCCCCGAGGGCGCCGCCAGCCUUUGUGAGCAGUGAGAGCGUCUCGAACGGACAGAGAAAAAGGCUUUCCUCGGGCUCGCCGGACCGCCCGCACCUGCAGAAGAAGGUCUGCCGACAGAGCGACAUCAUGGAGAGCCAGAAGGUAGCCAACUUCUCCUCCGUGGCCGCGCCCAACGGCGUCAGCAAGCAGCCCUCGGGCCUGGGCAAGAAGCAGGGCGCCGAGAAGAAGGUGCUCGCCAUCAAGAACUUCAAAGUGCACAACCAACCUGCCAUUGAUCAUAUUGCUGAGUCGUGGCGGUAUCUAAGAGAAGCAGUAGUAGCCAUACAGGAAUCAAGAAAGCUACGAGACAACCUUACCCAAGAGGACUUGUACCGAUAUGUAGAUAACUUAAUCACAGAAAGGCCUCCAGCCUUACUUUAUACUGAUCUUAGAGAUCUUACAGAGAAGCAUAUAAAAUCCCGGUUGAACCAAUUCCUGAGUGGAACAAGUGACCGGUUGACAUUUUUACGGCAGCUGAAUGACUGUUGGACACACCAUUGUCACCAAAUGAAGAUGGUGUGUAAUAUUUUCCUGGCAUUGGACCGAGGAUAUGUCUUGCAGAACGCUCAGGUUUCCUCCAUAUGGGAUAUGGGACUAGAAUUGUUUCGACAAAAUAUACUGGAAGAAGUGGUAGUAGAAAAUCGAUGUGUGGAUGGUUUACUCAUGAUGAUUGAGAAAGAACGAUCUGGGGAGACCAUUGACAGAUCUCUUGUCAAAUCACUGUUAAGGAUGUUGUCAUCACUACAAAUCUACCACAAAGUGUUUGAGAAUAAAUUUUUGGUUGCAACAGAACAGUUAUACUUACGAGAGGGUCAGCGUCUUAUGCAAGACCGUGAUGUUCCCCAGUACCUUUUGCAUGUUGAUAAACGACUAACAGAGGAAAACAACAGAGUUCUUCACUACUUAGACAUGUCAACCAAACGGCAGUUGAUAUACUGUGUGGAGAAGCAGCUCUUGAGUGAGCACAAGACACACCUUCUACAGAAAGGUUUGGAUUCCCUGCUAGAUCAGAAUCGACGACACGACCUCACACUCCUGUAUAACCUCUUUGCAAGGAUUAAGGGAGGAUUAGAAGACCUUUGUACACACUUCAAUGCAUAUAUUAAGUCAUUUGGAAAGACCAUAGUGAUCAACCCAGAGAAGGACAAGGGAAUGGUACAGGAGCUCCUGGACUUCAAGGAUAAAAUGGACGGCAUUGUUAGCGAAUGCUUCAGCUCAUCUGAUAAGUUUGUGUUGGCUCUGAAAGAAGCUUUUGAACACUUCAUAAACCAGAGAUUAAAUAAACCUGCAGAAUUAAUAGCUAAAUUUGUGGAUGGCAAGCUCAGAGCUGGUAAUAAGGAAGCAACGGAAGAUGAGCUGGAGAGACUCCUGGAUAAGAUAAUGGUCCUCUUCCGGUUUAUUCAUGGAAAGGAUGUCUUUGAGGCAUUCUACAAAAAGGAUCUGGCAAAGAGACUGCUUGUAGGAAAAUCAGCUAGUGUGGAUGCAGAGAAGAGUAUGUUAAGCAAACUGAAGCAGGAAUGUGGUCCAGGAUUCACAAGCAAACUUGAAGGCAUGUUCAAGGAUAUGGAGCUCUCUAAAGACAUCAUGUUAGCCUUCAAACAGAAUUCACACCUUGGAGGCACAUCAAUGGAACUUAAUGUAAAUAUAUUAACAAUGGGUUACUGGCCAAACUAUCCUGUGAUGGAGGUCAACUUACCAUCAGAAAUGGUCAAGUAUCAACAGAUCUUCACAAAAUUUUAUCUGGCUAAGCAUAGCAAUAGGAAACUACAGUGGCAACCAACCCUCGGACACUGUGUGUUGAAAGCAGCUUUCCCACUGGGAAGUAAGGAGCUGCAAGUAUCACUCUUCCAAGCUCUUGUGCUGCUCUUGUUUAAUGACGCCGACAGCUUAUCACUCGCUGACAUCAGUAGUGGAACCAAUAUUGAGGAUGGGGAGCUCCGUCGAACUUUACAGUCCUUGGCUUGUGGCAAAGCGAGAGUCCUACAAAAGAUGCCACGUAGCAAAGAUGUCAACGAUGAUGAUAAAUUUUUCUAUAACAAGGAUUUCACUAACCAACUUUUCCGUAUCAGAAUCAAUCAGAUCCAAAUGAAGGAAACAAGUGAAGAGCAGCAGCAGACAGAAGAGAGAGUAUUCCAGGACCGCCAGUACCAAAUCGAUGCAGCAAUUGUAAGGAUUAUGAAGAUGAGGAAGGUCCUUCCCCACAACUUGCUCAUCACAGAACUUUAUAAUCAGCUUAAAUUCCCUGUCAAGCCAGCAGAUUUGAAGAAGAGGAUAGAGUCCCUCAUCGACCGCGAUUACAUGGAGCGAGAUAAAGAUAACCCCAAUACCUAUAACUACAUUGCAUAAGGAAGACCAUGGAACAGCUGGGAACUUUGUGAUAUUUGUAUUUCACUAGAACCUCACCAUUAUACGAGGCAUUGUACUCGACGGCAGGAGUUGGGGAGCAGACUGUAUGUGAUAUUAACUGUGCAUCACAGAAUUUGAACUGAUAUUAAACAUGUUAGAUAGUUCAGAGCUAAGUUGCAGCUCCAUAUCUUCAAGAAUAUGCUCUCCCACUUGAGGAAAAUGUUACUUGAAUAUACCAGUGAAACUGCAUUAGCAUUUGCAACUGUAUAUAUAAAAAAGUGGAAAAAGUGAAUAAAAAAUGGAAUCCAGUGUUCAGACAUUUCGUACAAACACAGGGGAAAAAGAAGUGAUUCAACUUGUGUAAUAAUGCAAGGUUUCUGUGAAGUAUCCACCUUGCUAGAGAUUGCCAUUGGCAGAGGAGUCUAGAAUUCAUUUUGUGACAGAUGGGAUGAGCAUCACAUGAUCAAGCAAUGUGUAUAAAAGCCUCAGUUCAUUGAGUGUGAGGAAUGUUUCAGGUUCUUUGAUACAGAGGAUAGGUGAGGAAUAUUUCCUUUGUGUUUGCUCAUUUUCUUUCCUGCUCAGUUUAGGUUUUCCUUUUCAUGGUUGCCAUCAGUUUUUAUUAUUGUAAUUAUCAAUAUUAUUGUUAUUAAUUUUGUUGUAUUUAUUAUUAUUAUUAUCAUUAUUAUUAUUAUCACUACUACUACUACUACUACUAGUUCUAAUACUACUAUUAGUUUUUAUAUACUAAUUUAUUUUAGUGUCAUAUUUUACUAUUAAUGUUUUCAAUUUCAUUAUAAUUUUUGUAAUUUUCUUAAUUGUGUAAAAUUUGAAAUUGAAUCCCUUUUUUUAUUAUUACUUUUUUUAUGAUUAUUAUUGAUAGCUAUGAUGAUGAUGAUGAAGAUGGUGGUGUUUGUUGUUGUGGCAAUGAUAGACAUCAUCAUCAUUAUUAUAGUGAUGACUGUUGUUGGAUAUAACUACAACACUACAGGAAACCUGAGUACAAUCUGUGGCCCAGAAAAGACAAUAUGGUGAAAGACAAGUUCACUGACGACCAGAAAAAAAAAAAAAGAUGAAAACCUAAUUACAGUUGAGAAUCAAGAAUUUGUGUGAAAAAUCAGUAAUGACCGGUGAAAGUUGAAUGGAAAGUAUGCAAAAGAAAGCAAGAUAAAGUGUUGAGUAACUCCCUAUCACAUUCACUUUUGUGUGUGCUUGUCCAUGGUCUCAAUCGUGUCUUUAAAACUCUUUCUUGACUACUGUUGGCAUGAUGCAUUUUGUAUCACGAAUGCAGCAAAAACUCUUGAGUAAUGGUGGACUUUAUAUUAGCCACAUUUGCAGCAGUUUUACAAGAAAGCAAUAUAUACAUAGCUUGAGGAAACUAAAAGAGUAAAGUUAAACUCAUCUAGGAAGUAAAGGAAAGUAACUAAAUCAAGUGAUCACGAACUCUGUUAUGUGAUCAGGAGGAACCGCUGUAAAUUUUAACUUGAUAGAAAACGGAGGGGGGGAAACGCCUUAAGUAUGUGAAGGGCUGGAAAACCCUCGCCUUGCUCUGCCCUUCAGAGAUAUUCAGGCAGUGCGCAAGUCACUAUUAACCCUUUAAUAAUGUAAUGAAAGGCCUUUUUUUCUUCUUUUUUUUUCUCUCUUUUUUUUAUGUUUUUUGUUUUUGUUUUUUCUUUUCUUUUCUUUUUUUCAAGUCUUAUUUGAGAUGUCUGCACAGGGGGACGAAUGUGGAUGCCAUUCAAUCAGUAAAGGGAGAGCUGUAGUGAAGCGAGAUUGAAAUAAAUCAGAGAUGUCAUAGUCUGUAGAGGGAAGAUGCAUGUGUCCAUUUUUGAAUAAGUUCUCUGUACAGGAACAGAAAAUUCAAUUAUUUUGAAAGUAUUCCAUGUUCUGUAUGAUAAUAAAUGAACAAUAGUUAGGUUUAAAAUUUCUCCUGUAGGAACUAGGAGUUUAAUGAAAGGUAUGUCCAAUAUACACUGUACCUUGAUUACAGAAAAUGGAAAGUGUCACAAUUGCUUAGAGUGUAUGAAUCCUAGUAACAACUUGACAGGUUCUUGUAUUUACCCUGCCACAUCAUAUGCUUAUUAUAUUUACCAAACUUGUAUUCUGUGUUUUUAAAAUAUUGCAUUGUGAUGAAAAUUGAUGCAGCUUAUGCUGCAGUUUAUACUACUUGACAUCUUUUUGUACCAUGUAAAAAAAAAUAGGGUUGGCAAAUCAUUGAAAUUGCUUCUUUAUUAUGGACUUAACCAAAAAAAUAUUGUCUUGAUAUUUUCUGUCAAAAAAAGAUACAAAAAAAAUAAAUAUCUGCCUGUAUUUUCAUUCUGAUAUGCCAUUGUAGCAAGCAUUGUCACUGAAUAAAUAUGAAAUUCCAGAAAGUGCAACAUAAAAGUUCCUUCAUCACAAAUAUCCACUCAACAAAUGAGAGUUAAAUAUCCAUUACUCACCUGCCUCGUUUUAUUUCAUAGUUCUCAAAUCAAUUGUCAAUAAAACCUGCCUAGAAAAAGUGCCUGCAAAACAGCCUCAAUGACAACCUUCAGUGGUGUUCAGUGGUCAAAAAUCAAGAUGUUUAUAACUAUUAAUGUAAUACUGCUUUUUAGGUAUUUUAAUUAAGUUUGAAAUAGUAGCAACUCAGGGGCGGUAUAAAAAAAAAAAACUUGGUUUUUGCUUGAUAAUGUACAUUAACUUUUUAAACUUGUAAAGGUUAUUUUUUAUCUGUCGCAAGAUGGAAUCAUUAUAAAGCAUCUCUGUAGCUCAGCACAGUGGCACUUUGUCUACUUGUACUUGUUGCAGAAUUCAUUAAAGGAGAUUGCCGAGUUCAUUUUGGUAGGUUUUCCUGAAACCAGGAAUUUAAAAAGCCAGUGCAUAUUGGGUUCAUAUUAAGAGGCAGUGUAACAAGGUGAAUAUGUAAAAAUAAAGCUAGCAAUUAAUGCCAAGUAAAUAUGUAGCUUGACUAGAAAACUAUAUAUAUAUACAUAUGUACAGCAAGCCUGACUACAAAUAUAAAAUUGUGAUAGCUUAUCUUAUUCUUCACAGGGUUUCAGUUUUUAGACAUGAAAGCGGCAUAAGGAUGGUACUGAUAUGACAAAGUUGUAUAGCUGCUCAAUCCUUUUACUUUGUUUUCGUCUUCUGAGAAGAAACAUCAUUUGAGGUUGGAACACUGAACAUUCAGCCCAAGUAGCUGUAUUAGUUAUUCUCAUAUUCAAUGGCUCCCCGUUCCUCUGUCAGAUGGUCUUGUCAAUAAACUUUGUUGGAAUAA